AUGUGUUACUACGGCAGCUACUAUGGAGGCCUGGGCUAUGGCUAUGGUGGCCUAGGCUAUGGCUAUGGCUGUGGCUAUGGCUCUGGCUGUGGCUAUGGUGGCUAUGGUUAUGGUUGUUGCCGCCCACUCUGCUGUAGAAGAUACUGGUCCUGUGGCUUCUACUGA